GCUUGCGCGUCUGUCUUCCGGGAACUCACGCCGGAUCACCCUCCCGGAACUCACCAAUGACCGUGGGACCACAUGUCAGUGCCGACGAUGCCGUCCCCGCGCGUGGCCACCCCAGCAGAUGGCCAGCUCUCUCCCGCUUUACACCUUUCCUUCGCGCGGAAGCAAAUCGUGUCCGUCCGUUCCCCACCCCGACGCCACACUCCAUGUGAUGUGCCGCCGCCGCCGCGCACCUCGCAUUCCCCACUCCUCCUCGUCCCCGCCCGCCUCCCGCUGCCGCCGCCCAUGACGCCACCGCUCUCACCGGCGCCGGUGCUGCCGGCAGCUGCGGACGCGCUCGCGCAGAUCUUGCACGCCCUCCUGCCGCCGCUCCUGCUGGCCGCCGCGUCGGUCAAAGCGCUCCACUCGCGGUGGCGCCCGCUACAGGCCACGCUGCUCGCGCUCCAGUCCUCGCUCGCAUCCGCGCCCGCCUCCGCCGCGUCCCACCCGCUCUUCACAGACCUGGUAGCCGCGCUCCUCCCGGCGCUCCGUUCCCUCCACGCGCUCUCGGGCCGGUGCCAGGACCCCGGACUCCCCGGCGGGCGGCUCCGCCUCCAGAGCGACCUCGACAUGGCCGCAUCCUCGCUCUCGCUCCUCCUCCAUGACCUCUCGCUGCUCCUCCGCUCGGGGCUGCUCUCCUUCGAUUCGGCGGCGUCCUCCCCCAACGCCAUCGUCCUGCAGGUGCCUGCAACGGCGGCGUCGCGCGCGGACAAAUCCCUCUUCGUCCGAGACGCCUUCGCGCGCCUCCAGAUCGGGGCGUUGGACCUUAAGCUGAAGGCCCUCGUGUCGCUGCUGGACCUACUAGGCGACGACCCUACCGCAGAGGCGGCGCAAAUCGUCGCCACCGACGGGGAUGUCGCCGCGCUCCUUCGCCUGCUGGACGCAUCGUCCCACUCGGCACUGCGGGACCGCGCGGUCACGGCCGUGGCCCACCUUGCCACCGCCUGCGCGGCCUCCCGGAGGGUUGUGUUCGACGAAGGCGGCCUUGGCCCGCUGCUGCGCGUGCUCGAUUCGGGCUCGGCGCCUGCCACGCGGGAACGCGCCGCGGCCGCCGUUGUUGCGAUCACUGCUGAUGCCGGCAGUGCUUGGGCUCUGUCGGCUUAUGGUGGAGUCUCCAUCUUGGUUAAUGCUUGCCGUCCUGGCUCUGGGUCCCCUGCUGUGCAGGCACUUGCUGUUGCAGCGCUCAAGAAUGUGGCUUCCAUCGAUGAUGUGCGAUCUGCUCUCGUGGAGGAGGGUGGCUUGCCUGUUCUAGUUGAUCUGCUCGCUAGUGGCACUGUGGGAACACAGAAGAGUGCUGCUCUCUGCCUCUGGUCGCUUGCUUCCAUGGGAGACGACGAGACGCAGAGCCAGAUUGUUCAAGCAGGUGCAUUGUCGCCACUCUUGCAAACUCUCCAUGUCGCCUCUGACCAGGAUCUCCAGGAUUCAGUACUGCGUGCUAUCCAUGCACUUACAUCGGUCCCUGCUGCUGCCAGAACCCUCUGUUCGUCACCACUGUUCUUUGCACAACUUACAGACCUCAUAUGCCGCUGUAGUAGCAUCCUGUUGCAACAAAUGGCUGCUGAUAUGGUUGCUGACCUUACACCUACUGUGAGUGAAGACACAAAACGGUGCAUGGCGCCAUGCAUCGGUACACUGGUUAAGAUGAUGGAGGUGGCAAAGCCGGCAACAGUACAGGAAUCAGCUGGCCGUGCACUGCUUGCUUUGCUCACCUUGAAGUCCAAUCGAAAGGUGUUUGUCAGAGAUGAGAAGAACGUAAUGAGGCUUGUGCAGAUGCUUGAUCCCCGGAAUGAGGAGAUUGAUAAGAAGUAUCCAGUCUCAAUCUUUCUAGCUCUUGCCAUGGGUGGUGGGAACGGGACUCGACGACGGCUUAUGGAUGCUGGUUCUUGCCAGCAUUUACAGAAGCUGGCUGAUGCUGAGGUGCCUGGUGCGAAAAAGGCUUUGCAGAGGAUAUCCAACAAUCGACUUAAAAGCUUACUCUCCAUAGGAUGGCAAAACUAGUCCAUAUCCUGCACUGGGUUGAAGAGCAGCCCAGAAGUGGAGAGCUAAUUACAAAAGAACACGCAAGUAUUUAUUUCGGAGUAGGAGUGAUGAUAGUACAACACUGAGCAAGCGAGAGAUCGAGGAGUUCUCAGUUUCUCUACGGCUAAAAGAUGGC